AUGGCCAUCUUGCGCACAACCUCCACCGCCAACUCGGUCCACCUCACCACGAACGGCGUGAAGCUACAGCCGCCUGCCGCUAUGCCUAAUCCCGAGAAGUACCGUGGCGCCGUUGUUGAGGACCUCCAAUUACCACCAGCCUUUGCUUUGCCUCGGUCUGAGCUCGUGUCUAGGGCUAUCGAGCUCGCGUACGACCGCGACUUCUCGCAUAUACCAGUGCUCGGGCAGAACAAGAAGCCAUUGGGCUAUGUCGAGGUAGCGGAUCUGAAGAAGAAGUGGGAGGCAGGCGAAAUGAACCCAAUGGACAAGAUCGAGAAGUACAUGACCAAGUUCAAGAGGAGCGUCGAGACGAACCCGUACACGGUCAUUACGCCUGCGACGGAGCUGGACGAGCUGGAGGUGUUCUUGCAGGAUAACAUCUUUGCACUUGUCACGGAUGCGUCGCGCAAAUUCGUCCUCGCAGUCGCAACAUCUCAAGAUCUCGAAAACUUCGUGCAAAGGCGAGGCGCCUGA